CACACAACUAAAAGAGGUUAACUGCUUUAAGUUUUGGUAAACGACGUGUCGGUAUUGUCAAUACAGGGUUUGAGUAGUUUUACAAUUUACUCUUCGAAUUUACAUAUUCAUCGUUAGAAACGUCUCACCACACUGCAUGCAGUAAUUCAAAAAAAGGAGAGGUACAAUUACCGUUUCAAUUAUCUUUAUAAUGAAUCAAGUGGAAGGGACUUUUGAAAUGGAGAAACAAGAGUAUGAAAAAAGCGAGAAAGCAGAAAAUGUCCCAGAGAAUUCAGAACCCAAAGAAGAUUUAACAAUUAAUGAGAUAACAAUAGUGGACCCAGAUACUUAUGAAUUAGAUUUAAAUCAUGGCAGAAUUGCUAAAUUGGAAAAUUUAGAACCUCUUACACAAAUCGAACGAUUAUAUUUACGUUGGAAUUUGAUAAAGAAAAUAGAAAAUUUGAAUACAUUGACUACUCUUGUGGAAUUGGAGCUAUAUGAUAAUCAAAUAACAGUCAUUGAAAAUUUAGAUGCCCUAGUUAAUCUUGAAAUAUUAGAUUUAUCUUUUAAUCGAAUCAAGAGAAUAGAGGGUUUAGACAAUUUAUUAAAAUUAAAAAGAUUAUUUUUAACAUCCAACAAAAUAAGUAAAAUUGAAAAUCUGACCCAUCUUCAACAACUGGAGAUGUUAGAAUUAGGUGAUAAUAAAAUAAGACAUAUAGAAAAUCUGAAUGGCUUGGCAAAUUUGGACCAACUUUAUCUAGGAAAAAAUAAAAUAUCAGAAAUCAAUAAUCUGGAUUCUCUUAUCAGUUUGACUUGUCUUAGUCUUCAAAGUAAUCGUUUAACUGAAAUAAAGAAUCUUACAAAUUUGAAAAAUGUAACGCAAUUAUAUUUAUCUGAAAAUGGUUUAACCAGAAUUGAGAAUAUAGAUAAUAAUACAUCAAUACAAACUUUAGACUUGGCAAAAAAUAAAAUUUUACUGAUAGAAAAUGUGGGUCAUUUGUCAGAUUUAGAAGAAUUUUGGCUUAAUGAUAAUGAAAUUGCAGAUUGGAAAUCAAUUGAGAAUUUAAAGGAGAAUAAGAAACUUCAAACAAUAUAUUUGGAAAGAAAUCCCAUUGCAGCUGAUCCAGCUUAUAGAAGGAAAUUGAAGCUUCUCAUUCCAUGGCUUGUUCAAAUUGACGCAACAUUAUGUCGUUAAUGUAUUGGAUACACAUUAUAAUAUAAACACUUUUAUUUAUAUACCUUCAUAAAUACAAUGUAAUGUAAUUAAGUAGUUUCAUAGUUUCUUGAAAUCAUAUUGAUGUAUCUACAUUUCAAUAAAAUGCAUUUAAUAAAAAAAAAUAAAACGUACUAAUAUGAUGAAAAGUAUAAA